AUGGAAAAAGCUUUAGAAUUGGACAGAGAAUACCCAGAAUCUCUAAAAGAUGAAUUCAACAUCCCCACGUUCAAAUCCAUGGGACUAUCGCCCGACAGCAAGCCUGUGACGUACUUAUGCGGGAAUUCUUUGGGUUUGAUGCCAAAAUCAACUAGAGAUUCAAUUAAUGCAGAAUUGGAUGCAUGGAGUAACUGUGCUGUGGAGUCACAUUUCAAACAUCCUGAAGAAGCCAAAGGCAAGGCGCCUUGGGUCAACAUCGAUUUGCCCAUUCUCCCAUUAUUAGCCCCCAUGGUAGGUGCUCAGGAAAAUGAGGUUGCUGCAAUGAAUAGCCUUACUACAAAUUUGAAUUCUCUAUUAGUCACGUUCUAUAAACCUACUGAGAAGAGAUUCAAAAUUCUUUUCGAAAGAGGCUCCUUUCCAUCGGACUACUAUGCUUUCUAUAAUCAGUGUAGAAUUCAUGGAAUUUCGGAACCUGAAAAUGUUUUGAUUCAAAUCGAGCCACGCGAGGGAGAGACUUACAUCAGGACUCAAGAUAUUUUGGAUACCAUAGAAGUAAACCAAGAUGAAUUGGCGUUAGUUUGUUUGCCGGGCGUUCAGUAUUACACGGGACAAUAUUUUGACAUUGGCCGAAUUACCUCAUUUGCACAUCAAUUUCCUGGAAUUUUGGUUGGAUGGGAUUUGGCACAUGCUGUAGGAAAUGUCCCAUUACAACUUCAUGAUUGGGGCGUUGACUUUGCUUGCUGGUGUUCUUAUAAAUACUUGAACGCUGGACCCGGUGGGAUUGGUGGCUUAUUUGUUCAUUCGAAGCACACCACAGCUGGCCCUACCAAAGAGCAUUUGCCAAGAUUAGCGGGUUGGUGGGGUAAUGAUGCUUCUAAGCGGUUUCAAAUGCUAGAGGUAUUUGAGCCGAUUUCAGGAGCCUUGGGAUUUAGGCAAUCUAAUCCAAGCGUUGUUGACACGGUAGCAUUAAGAAGUUCACUGGAAUUAUUUGCGAAGUUUAAUGGUAUCGGUGAAGUUCGUAAAAGAUCUUUAUUGCUGACAAACUAUAUGACAGAACUGUUGAAAGCCUCCAAGUAUUACAAGCAUCCUUUAAAAAUAGAGAAAUUACCGUACUUUUUUACAAUACUAACACCAACUGGCGCAGAUGACGAUCAUGGUGCUCAAUUAUCACUUUACUUCGAUUCAGAUGCUGGAAAAGAGGAUAUUAUGCCCAAAGUUUUCCAAUACCUCCAUGACCAUGGUGUUAUAGGUGAUGCGAGAAGACCCAACGUGAUUAGAUUGGCGCCCGCCCCCUUGUAUAACACGUUCUCUGAUGUAUACGUUGCAGUGAAUGCACUAAACGAGGCGAUGGACAAAUUAUAG